AUGGGGAAGAAACCCGGGCAAAGAAAAAUCCAGUUCAAGGUGACGACUGAAAAGACAAUUCGUCUCCAACCCCCCAGGCCAGUCACUCCACCAUUCCCGGAGAAUAAAGAUCUGAAACAAGUCCCGCCAACUAGUCGUGGAUUGCGGUCUCCUUCAAAACAACGCGAGAAACAAUCUACCUUCCAACAAACCCAGUCUCCUCUAUUCAAAUGUCCCCCUACCGAAGUCCGACUUCUCAUCUGGGAACAUUAUCUCUGUAGCCGUAUGCUGCAUAUUGUUCGACCGAACCAGCAUAAAUGGAAACGAUCCCGCAAACAGAUUGUCCGGAUUUUCUGCAGCGAACCUCGCAAUUUAUGUCCACACAGUCAUCACUGUUGGGGACGUCUUGCUCGUCGGCCCGUGGGGAACUGCAUUACACCCAUGAACUACGGGCCAUAUUACCACGAGAACUCCGAGUGGAGAUUUGAGACGAGAACGGUCGAUUUUGUGCCACUUCUAUAA